CUCCGUCCCUUUUCCGGUGUCGUGCAGUUCCAGCAGCGGAUGUUGAUGUUUUGUUUCGCAGCUCGCUGAGCGAUUUGUGAAUACUUGAUAUUUUUGUGCCGAUUCUACACGUUUCGUCUUGACUCUUUAAGUUAAAAAGGUUUCUCUCUCAGUCGGCACCGUGUUUCUCCCGGUGUCACGGCCGGGGAGCAAUGAUGGAGGACUUUGAUGAAAUCUACGAAGAGGAGGAGGAAGAAGAGGACGAGGACAGGGCCGCGGAAGAACAACUCCUCAAGUACGCUCCGGACCCGGUGGUGGUGCGAGGGUCCGGCCACGUCACGGUGUUUGGACUUAGCAACAAAUUUGAGUCAGAAUUUCCUUCAGCACUUACAGGGAAGGUGGCGCCAGAGGAAUUCAAAGCCAGUAUCAAUCGAGUGAACAGCUGCCUGAGGAAGACCCUCCCGGUGAACGUGCGAUGGCUCCUGUGUGGCUGCCUCUGCUGCUGCUGCACUCUGGGCUUCAGCUUGUGGCCAGUUAUCUGCCUCAGUAAAAGGACAAGAAGAUCAAUAGAGAAACUUUUAGAGUGGGAAAACAACAGACUUUACCACAAGUUGUGUGUGCAUUGGAAACUUAGCAAAAGGAAGUGUGAAACCAACAACAUGAUGGAAUAUGUAAUUCUAAUAGAGUUCCUUCCCAAGAUUCCCAUCUUCAAACCAGACUAACAAGAGGAGAGAAGAGCUGCAACUUCCACUGCUGCCCAGUUCUGUGCUGAAGCUACAAUGGCUGCGAAACUCCUCCCUCUGAAAUACUCCACUAGUGUUUAUGUUGUUCGCCCCUCUUUUCUCAAAUAUACCUAUUCUACAUCCUUGUUUACAAAUCCAUCAGUCCCCUGCUUUUAUUUGAGGGAAUUGCCAUUGAAGUUUGACCUUUUGGUCAAACUGAUGCUCUGUUGAGCAGCUGCUGACCCGCAUCAGCCUGCAGAGUGUAUGCGGAGCAGCAGCCAUGGGCUGGGAUGUGGAUUUUGAAACCCGAAAAGAAGACCGGACCCUCAAUUUGAGUUUAGUGCGGACAGAAAAACUGGAUAUUUGUAACUUUGAUCCCUGAACAAAGCACAUGGCUCAGUCAGAACAAAAUCUUACUUUUUAUAUUUCGCACUGUCAAGUUCACAGGCAAAAUAUACUGCCGUGUUUUCAGAGCUGUUGGAUUGGUGCUCUGGAUCUUUGCUGGAGGCAGUGGAGACAAGUCCACAGCAACAUGUCAAGGUUCACUUCUCAACCAUGGGAUGUCUUUUUAUCCUGUGCACAACCAGUGACAAUCACACAGUCUGACUGCACUGUUUAUUGUAUAAACAGGGUUUUGUGCAUCACAGUUUACCCAAAGCAUUUAGGUUUCAAUGUUGUUUGUGUCCAAGUGAUGGACUGGUCGCCUAGCAACUUGGAAAUGAAGAACAAAAACUUUCCUUUACAGUGUUCCUUUGUUUUAUGGAUCAGGUUUUGUUUAUUGUCUUGGUGAAAGAGACAGACGAUUCUUGCAAAAUGUGGGUGUGGGUCAGACAGAGAAACAAGCAAUCAAACAGGAAACAGACCUCAAAACAAGAUUUUGUUUUUUAAAUGUUUUACCCACAAUGCUCUUUUGUGGGCUUGUGUACCUAUAGUGUUCAUGGAAAUCCUUGAUUGUUCCUUUUGUUAAAUUUGUAGUCAAGUGUCAACAGUGAAGCACUCUGUCUACCGAGUCCUACACUCCUUCUCAUGGCCUGUGUCACCCAACUGCAGAGCUUGACUUGUUGAAGUGUUGGAGUCCAAGACAAGGGUGAAAGCUCUGCUGUUAGCGAUGUCUCUAUAAGUUCAGGUGUUUUGGUUGACAGAGAAGCUUAAAUUUGACUUCCAAGGUGUUUAAAGUUGAGCAGACUGCUCCCAAACUGGAAGCAUGAAUUAAAAGUUGCACUAAUAAAUGUUUUUUUUACCAACGAAAGACUUCCUAAGGUGGAAACCCUACAGUCAUCCCACUUAGCAUCAUUGUGUUUUGUUUUACUGACAGGUUCAUUUUCACUAGUAUUAUUAGGAGUGUUGAGCUGGUUAUGAGUAACUAAAAGGUGAUCAACAAGGUAAGUGAUUUCCUAGUAAAUAUAGGCUUUUUUUUUAAGGGUGUCAUUCUAUCAAUCUAAAGUUUGAACACAUCAAAGACGUGCGACUAGGUGUGGGCCAGAAUGAGAUUCUCACAGCUUCAUAAACCUUAGUAAAAAUACAGCAGUUUCACUGUAUCUGGGAUACAGGAUAGCCGGAAGAUUGCUUUUACUUAAAACAGCUGCAACUGAUAAAAUAACGUUGAAUUCUACAGUUAAUAGAUUUUUUAAAUGUGCUUAUAUGCAGAAAAUACCUUUUUGAGGUUGUACUCUGUACACAGUGACACGGGUAGUAUAACAAGCCGAUAGCUGGUUAAUUGGGCUAUUUGCUGAGGUAGCCGUCCUGCAGUUGGCUGCAUACCAGACAUGCCACUCAGCUUUCAGAACGGGAAAUGUUUCCAAACAGCAGACCUUUUAUUUUGUAAACAAGGGAAACAUGUUGUGGUCUACUUUCAGUUAGCUGACCAGCAGUGUGCAGCAACCAAUGGGAAAGGGGCAGCGCUCUUACUCUAUGGUUAUGGCGUGAAGAGAAGUCAGCUCACUCCGACACUUUCUCGGUCUUCUCAUUAGAUGGACUCUAAAUUCUUGCAUCGUUAUGACUAUAUUGUGGCAGUUUGAAAGCCCAAGCUUUUAAAAACCUUGGUUUGCCUUGAUACCUCAAACCCACCCAUACCUAACUGAGUAGAGAGUACAAAACCUAUAGUACCCACUUUAGAAGAUAACAGGUAAAUUUAUGGCACCUAAAGUAAAAUGAUUAAUAUGACACUUAGGAACGGUUUUCAUUCAUCAUUAACUUCGUGGACUUUGUGUCCAACUGGUUCCAUCUUACACAUCAUAACUCAAAGCACCCAUCAGUUUCAUGACGUAUGUCGAACAAUUGUUAAAGAGACAAGUUGGGAUCAACAAAGACUGCUUCUAAGAGGCUGCUCUAGGUUUUAAGUUUUUCCAACCUGUCUGCACACCAGUGUCUAAACAUCCAUGUGUUGAUUGAGAAUAUAUAUACGUAUAUCUGUGAAAUUUGAACAAAGCCAUCCUGUUUUAGCCCUGGUGAUUGUAUGGGUGGCACUCAGGGGACAUGGUUAACAAAAUGUAGCAUUAACAAUAAGCCUGGUCAUUUAUUUUCCACAGUUGCGACAAGUUCUCAUGUAUAGGAGUACAAGAUCACACAUUACUUGACUAACUAAAUACAUAACUAAAAUAAUUCAUUUGGAGUUUGUUUUGAGAUAGAGAAGGAAAAAAAUGGCAAUGCUGAUUAAACUUUCUGAUGCCUCUGAUCUUUUUGUUCAGAAGCACAUACUUCACUGACCCGCAGAUAAAAAAAUAUUACUUUAUAUUUUGAAAGACAAAUAUCAGCUAAUUAUUGCUGUAUAGCAUUUUGGUUCAUCUGUCACUUUUCUACUUUUUUGAUUGUCCUCUGCUUUUUGUGAAUCAAGGCACAAGGUGUUUGUUUUUGUUUUGAUAUGUGCACAGUGAAUGGCAGAUGCAUAUUGAGUUCUUAGUGCUGAUUGCGUGAUCAAAUUCCACAGAAAUGCUUCAUUUUAUAUGAUCCAGAGUGUAAUCUGUUUGUGUGAGUGAGAAAAAGAUAUAUCCACAUGUAGAUAUAUGUACAGUAAAACUACCAAUAAAAUAGACAAUGUA